AAUUUUGGAUUGAUCAAACAUGUCACCAAUAUUAAUUUUGAGACUUAAAAAACAUCUCAUAAUUCAAUUUUCUUGUCUUUCCUUGAAUCCUAUGGGAUAAGACUAAAGACCAAUUUUCUAGUGAAUUGAGGAAAAUAUUGAACCUUAUUGCCACUUGUCUCCUUCUUCACUCUUCUCUCCUUAACAUCAAUCCUGCAAAAUUCAAGAAAAGGGGAAGAAAAAAAACCCAAAUCACAAAAACAGAGACCAGUUUUUCUCAUCAUCUCUUUGGUUUCCUUGUUCAAUUCUUCAUCAUCAUCUUCAAUGUCUGGUUAUCCACAUACCCUUAAUCUCUGGGGAGUACUUUCCCAAUCAAAGCGUAUAAUCAAUGCUCACUCACGCCAUUUCUUAGCCCUUUCAGUUUCCUUCCUUUUGCCUCUCUCGUUUUCCCUCAUCAUCUAUCCUACUCUUCAAACCGCUCUCUUUCACUCCGAUUCCAACCUUUUUCACACACACCCAUCUCACCUUUCCUUCUCCUUCACCUCCACUGACCCAUAUGACCCGAUUCGGAAUCUGACCCAACCGGAUCCCCAGUCCCUUCUUCUUCUCCUUGCGUACACCCUUUUGGCUGCUGUUCUGUCCCUUUUGGCGUUGGCUACAAUCAGCUACAGUACUUUCCAUGGAUUUUAUGGAAGACCCGUCAAGCUUGUUUCGUCUAUGAAGUCUGUUUUGUACUCUUUCUUGCCUCUAGUUGCCACCCUUAUCGUUUCGCGUGUCAUUUAUGCUUUAGUUGUUCUACUGUUUGGGCUAUUGGCGGUGAUUGUGGUACAGGGUGUGCAGUUUCUGGGGUUUGAAGUGGGUUACGAUUCGAAUUACUUAAUGGGUUUGGGUGUUUUUGUAGGUGUAGUGGUUGUAUUGGUUGUUAUGUGGCUGCAUGUUAAUUGGUCAUUAGCUUAUGUGAUUGUAGUUGUGGAAUCGAAAUGGGGUUACGAAGCAUUGCAAAGAAGUGCUUAUUUGGUGAAGGGGAUGAGAUGGGUAGCGUUAUCGGUGUUGCUAUUUUUCGGGGUUCUGAUUGGAUUGUUAGUGGGUGGUUGUUCUAGUUUUUUGGUGAGUGUAGGAGCUGCUAGUGGUGGGUGGACAAGCUUUGGGGUGAUAUUGCAGAUGGUGGUGAGUUCGGGUUUUGCUACUCUCUUGAUGCUUCAGAAUAUUGCAGCGAGUGUCGUGUUGUAUAUGUAUUGCAAGGCAUUGCACGGGGAGCUAGCAUUGGAUAUCGCGGAGGAGUUUGCUCGCGAGUAUGUCUACUUGCCUUUUGACAAUGAGAAGGUUCCUCAUGUUGUUUGUGUUGUUCAAAGUUGAAACAGUGUAAGGUCAGUGGGUUCAAGAUGCAGUUUUUACUUUGUAUUUUGUAGAAAUUAUGGUUUUAAUCAUGUAUCCAGUUCCAUAGUAGUUAAGAAAUCAUGUGAAGAUGCUUUACAAUAUGUACUAUGCAUCUCUAUAUGUAAUAAGUUUGUUGAAGCAGGUCGCGAUUUAGACGCUUAGAUCUCUUUUCUAGCUUCUACAUAUUGUGUAGGUACUGUAAAAACUACUUGUAUCAUUUCCUCAAUGAAAUGUUAGUUUGAUUACUAUAUCCAAA